AUGGAUAAUAGUAUGCCGAACGAAUUCACUCCUCCAAAUCCUCCGAGUCCCGAGAGAUCCGCUGGCAGGUCUCGCCAAAGCCCGGAGCAUACCAAAUGGGAAGAAUAUAUGGAAGCAGGAGCCCAUAUUCAUCGAUGGAUUGAGGAUUCAAGUGCGCAAGGUUGCUUUGUCACUCGAAUAUCUCUCAAUUUCACGGAUCUUUUACAGCAGCGCUGGUCAAUUCGGCAGCUCGUUACAUCCUUCCCGACAGGAUGUCUGCACGAGGCAAUCACUCUCGGAAUCGUACCAUAUACCGCACCAGCCAUUGGCGAGCCAAAUCGACACUCGAUUGGAAUCAGGAUGAAAUUCCAGACGAAGGGUCACGAUCAUCCUAGUCAUCAUUUUGAUGGAAUAAUCGCUAAGGGUGCCAUUUUUAUCACACACAUGGAGCGAGUUCUCGGAGCCUCACGUCCCUGGAUUUCAGAACUUAUCAAAGCUGCUUAUGAAAAUGAGUUUUCAAUCGACACGCUUCGUCAUGUCUUUUUUAACAUUGUGGUUAAUAAAGAUACUAGUCAUCUGAUCAAGAAUCUUCUCUACGCGGAAAGGCGAGGGCUUUCCUGGCCCGAUGUUGACCGGCAGAUCUGGGAGUACGCGACCACGGAGUACCAGGCGAUACUUGGAACGCGGAUUGGAAAGGUUGUAGGGUAUCUUGUUUUGGGUGCGUUUUCUAGGGGCACUCGGCGGAUUUCACGGAUUGUUUCGUGGCCUGGGGUUAUGGAUACUAUCACUCUGCGAUUCGAACUUGAAGAAUGUUAA